AUGGCUUUCAAAAGAGGAGUUAAAAGAGAAUUGGAGUCAGCAGAAGCACCAUCAUCAUUAGGUAGCUCGAAUCCAGAUAAUACAACGGUGGCACAACUUGGGAAAAACAAAAGAGUAUCUGUUAGAAAGUUCAAAAAGGUGAAUCUAGUUGAUAUCAGAGAAUACUAUGAAGCAGAUGGUGAGAUGAGACCUGGUAAAAAAGGUAUUUCCCUUACAGAAGACCAAUGGUGGUUACUCAUUGAUAACUUCGAUGCUAUAAACGAGGCCUUGACUAAACUAGGAGGAGGAAGUGCUACAAAGAAGCCUAAACUGUCCAAUGAGUUUGUCACUGAGGAGGAAGCUGCUGAUGAUGUCAAGAAGGAGAUCAAGGAGGAUGUGAAAAAGGAGGUUAAGGAUGAAGAGAGCGAAAAAGAAUGA